AUGGGAUAUGGUGGAAGGGUUAAUGGUAAUGCGAAUGGGGACAGGGGUAGGGAAAUUGAGGAGACAGUUUUUGCAGUUUAUGGGACAAAUAAUACAUGGUUAUUUAGGGCAAGGAAUGAAAGGGAAAAGGUGGAGUGGAUUUGGAAGAUUGAUCAGGGGUAUUUUAGUAGUGGUGGUAGAGGUGGAAAUGGGAAUGGUGGAGGAAGAGAUGAUGGGAGUGGAAGUCCGGAAAGUGAGGAUGUAGAUGUGGAUGUGGAUCGAGAGGAUUAUUUGGCAGAUUAA